CGAUCGAGUCCACUAAUCAUCAGUUGCACUCAAGUCUUCACCAGCAAUCAAUCGAAUCGAACAGAACGGAAAGCAAGAUGCGUCUAACACUUCUGGCCCUCAUCGGUGUCCUGUGCCUGGCCUAUGCCUACGCCCUGGAUGAUGCCGCCGACAACGAGCAGGUGAUCGGACUCCUGGACGUCGCCGAUCAGGGAGCAAACCAUGCCAACGAUGGAGCCCGAGAGGCCCGGGGCGGCUGGGGACGAGGAGGAUGGGGCGGCGGCGGCUGGGGUGGACACGGAGGAUGGGGCGGUGGUCGAGGAGGAUGGGGCGGCGGCGGCUGGGGUGGCCGAGGAGGAUGGGGCGGCGGACGAGGAGGAUGGGGCGGACACGGAGGAUGGGGUCGUGGUGGUUGGUAGGGCCGAUAGGCCGACGUCGAGCUGACAUUGCUGACCACGUCUCUGCCCAAACCCACCUCUUGCCCCACAUCAAAGGACACCCACCCACGGAUGUCAAGGCGUUAAUAAAGAACAUUGAAGCAUUAAAA